CUGUUGGGUCAGUCCUUAGUCAGCCAUCAGAGUCAGCGGAAUAGUCGCCAAUUUAAAGCUCGUCAUUUUUCACAGCCGCAUCUGGGAAGUGCAUCCGUACAAAAUGAGUAAAUACUUGGUGUUGCUGCUUAUAACUAUCGGUGCUGUCACUGCUCAGCAGAAGGUCUCAGUGAAGAUUUACUACGAGUCACUAUGCCAAGACAGCAUAGAUUUUUUCACAAAAAAAUUUGUACCAGCAUGGCGCGAUGUAGAUGUACAGAGUCGCAUUAACCUGGGGUUGAUCCCGUAUGGAAAAUCUACAUCAAAUCCGUCCGACCCGACUAACAGGUGGACAUGCCAUCAUGGACUCAAUGAGUGUACCGGCAAUAAGUUGCAAUCAUGCAUUAUCGACAACUCUGCGGAACUAACGGUUAAAAAUAAAGUGGAUUUCAUAGAAUGCCUUAUGGCCAAAGCUAGUAAAGACGUACCUUACAUGCAGACUGUAGAUUCCUGUGCAUCUACACUACAUACGAGUACCAUGACGUUGGAUAGUUGGAAACAAUGUGCUAAUGGUCCCCAAGGAAAUAAGCUAUAUGAAAUGAAUCAGAACAAGACAGAUGCUCUACAAAACCCUCUGAAGUCCGUCCCAACGAUUGUCUUUAACGACAGAUAUGACAAAGCAGAUUCUGACGCUGCGCAGAAAUCCUUCCUAAAUGUUUUGUGCAAAUACAUUACGGAUUCUCCGAAGCCAAAGGCCUGCGACACCGCAAGCGGAGCUCCGAGCGCAACUGCAGGAUUCGUGUCCUUAAUAACUGCUGGUCUUAUUUACCGUAUGCUGUCAUGAGCUGCCUCAGCUAUAUGUGUACGGCCAUACCAUAUCUUUUAUACACUUUAAAUAGCAUUAGAGUACUACAAGUAAGAAGAAGAUUUUUUUAAUAUAUUUAAUACGUUUAUUACAAUUCUAUU